UAUAGGUAAAUGGAAAUGCAGUGUUUCCAUGGAAAUCUAACUAAAGAACACUGUGAAGAAUUACUAAGCAAAAAAGGAAAAAAUGGAAGUUUUUUAAUACGAGAGAGCGAGAGCAUACCAGGAGUUUUGUGCCUCUGUGUUUUCUAUGAACAGCGAAUCUACACCUACCGAAUCUUCAGGAAACAUAAUGGACAUUUUAUGAUCCAGACUUCUGAAGGCACUCCAAAACAGGACUUCAAAACUUUAAAGGAUAUAAUUACAACCUAUGAAAAACCAAAUCAAGGGCUAGUAAUCAACCUGCGUUAUCCUGUAAAUAUAUCUACAUAUCAUGAAGGUUUUCAGAAUGUCUAUGCAUCUAAAGAUGAAACAUAUCUAAUUCCUGAAACUGAAGACACUGAUUAUGUUGACGUCUUGCCUGAGUGA